GGCUGGGGUUCCCCCUCCCCAAGGCGCUGCUGUUGUCUUUCCGUUUAGCAAGCAGGCCCGUGGGUGCGGGCGAGCAGGAUCCCGGUGGGUCGCCGAGGAGGAUCGCGCCCCUGCGGGUGAUCAGCAGGGCGUGUGUCAUUCUGGGUGGCCGUCCCAGGCGCAGCCCUUGAGGAAGGGGGCCGGGGGGGGCCGGAUACGCCCAGAGGGUCGGAGGGGCCCGAAUGUGGGCUCAGGGCCCCUGACCCGGGCGAGGGGAAAGGCCGUUGGCCGCGGUUACGGCCUGCCCCACCGUUUCAUGCAUUUGGUUCUGUACGGAAUCCGGUUCUGGUGGAACCGCGACAGGGACCUCCGAGGGCCGUUGGUAUCUGUGCUGCAACAUGCAAUUUAAUACCUGGCAAGUGAAGGCGGAUGGUUUUUGUUUUAAUGCAUGUCAGUGUGCACUGUGGAAACCACAGUAUAUCAUGAAAUUUGCAGCUUAUUGGAAAGGCGUGGGUGGACGCAGUUCGUAUGCUUCUUAAUAUAUUUCAGUCCAGGCAUCCCCAAACUGCGGCCCUCCAGAUGUUUUGGCCUACAAGUCCCAUGAUCCCUAGCUAACAGGACCAGUGGUCGGGGAAGAUGGGAAUUGUAGUCCAAAACAUCUGGAGGGCCAAUGUUUGGGGAUGCCUGGUGUAGACCCUUAAGUUUAAGACCUCCUCCCCCAAUCCCGAAAUCGUGUGCUGCAGAGGAAGUAGAUGGGAUUGAAUGAUCUUACCCCAUGUGCCAGCCCACAUCCUGAUCUACAAUAACGAUGGCUCAAUGCGGUUAUAAUGUAAUUACAGUACUUGAAUAGUAGAGACCUGUUUAAUUUCAGCAUUAUGAAAUGCAACUCCAGGGAUUUUACAGAUCCUGCACUCCUCAUAUUAUGAGAAAAUUAGUUCUACCAAUGGAAUUGUGGAAUAAUAAUAAUAAUAAUAAUAAUAAUAUUUAUACCCUGCCCAUUUGGCUAGUUUUCCCCAGCCACUCUAGGCGUCUUACAGCAUAUAUAAAAACAUAGUAAAAGAUCAAACAUUAAAAACUUCUUGAUACAGGGCUGCCUUCAGAUGUCUUCUAAAAGUUGUGUAGUUCUUUGUCUCCUUGACAUCUGGAGAGCGUUCCACAGGGAGGGUGUCACUACCGAGAAGGCCCUCUGCCUGGUUCCCUGUAGCUUGACUUUUUGCAGUGAGGGAACCAGCAGAAGACCCUCGGAGGAGGACCUCAGUGUCCAGGCUGAAUGAUGGGGGUGGAGACACUCCUCCAGACAUACUGGGCUGAGGCCGUUUACAGCUUUAAAGGUCAGCACCAAAGGUCAAGAGGAUUUGGCUUUUAUGUGUGGUGCAUUUUAGUAAAUUGACUAUUUUAUUAUGGCUGAUUCUUUUAAUUGUUUAUCUGCUUCCAAAAAGGAUCAAAAACAACAAAAAAAACAUGGUGCUUGAAAUAUAGUAGAGUCUUUCAUACUGAGAGAUCUGGCUGCAGCAGCUGUAACACAGUGGAUAAAUAAAUAAAUAACUUUCAAGGACUUGUCUCUUAGCAGCAACUCGCGUCACAACUUGCCUCUGCUGUUUCAGCAAUAUUUCUGUCUUCAGCUCUGGUCUAACUAAAGAACAGUGUUGUGACUCUACACAGCAUACCUGAUACCAUCAGGUGUUUUGACAACAGAUUUUAUUAUAACUUUAUAGAAGAAAUAUUUGUGUCUCUCCACUAGCAUACAUUUUUGUGCUCUCCCCCCUCACCUGAUGCUGGCAUUUUCAGGUUGAAUUUUGCAGUUUGUGACUUAAAUCUUGCUGCAUGUGAAGAUCAAAGCUAGAUCACAGUGCAUGUUCAUCUUAAAAUAUUUUAGUUCCUGUCUUUCAAGUUUGUAAUGGUCCAUUCUCUUCAACGCCUUUAAAUAGUCAUGAGAAUUUCCUUAUAGUAGAAAUGGGUGCAAAAUAUCACUCAUAUCUGCUCAACAGCUUCUGAUUCCCAUACUUUAUGUUUUGUGAGAUGAUGGAGGAUUGAGAGAUACUAACUGUGGGUGCUGCCUAGAAGACAAAUUACAGGAAUUAAUCUGCUUCACAUAAUGUGUCAUUUUAUGAAGGCAAGCCAGUGAUGUCAUGCAAUUUGCUGCUCUUUUGUUGAAAACAAAAUACAGUGUUUUUAUAUCCAAUCCUGUCUUUCUAGAGCUCACUUACUGUGGCAGUGGAAUGCUAACUACAGCCUUUUCAUUUGACCCUUGGAACUCUUCCCAAACCACACCCCUCACUGGCGCUGCUUCACACCCCAAAUUUUGCCUGUCCAGAAACUGUCCUUGAAAUCUGAUAGUGCCUCUUGCUUGUCCACAUGGAGGAUAGAAUUGGGUGUGUGUAGACACAAAUGUAAAAUUUGCAUUCAUUGCUCCGCUUGCUUUUGUCUCUAGCCCCACCCACCACUGCCACAUGGCCCUGAGAAGGUUGCACAGAAGGAAAUACAGCCCUCAGACUUAAAAAAAGGUUCCCUACUCCUUGCUGUGUGUGAUAGGAUGGACCAAGGGGCAUGCAGCACAGUAAUACAACAGUGAAACUAACAAACGCCUACAAUGAAAACUGGAGCAAAUUAUUCUAGCCUAACAUGAGCAAGAGGAGUAAUGUCUAUGACUGCAGAGGCAUUAAUUACCUUUCUUUCCUUUAGCAGCCGGCGAGCUCUGUGUCAGGGCGAGGGGGUACAGAGAGUCAGGACAGGAUGAGGGAUAGUUCAGUUCCGAGCUCAGCUGCUUCGUCAGUGACAGAUCUAUACAACACCCCCCGCAGCAGUAGGUCAGAACUCUUCCUCCCAGGUACAUCUGGAGACUUCAGCCUAAGUGCCUGCUUAUCAGCCUGCACCCUGCUCUAUGAGGGUGCGGUGGAGCCCAUGCAGAUUGAUGUAGACCCACAAGAAGAUCAGCAAAAUGCACCUGAUAUCAACUAUGUGGUGGAGAACCCGACUCUGGAUCUGGAGCAGUAUGCAGCAAGUUACAGCGGCUUGAUGAGGAUCGAGCGGCUGCAGUUCAUUGCAGACCAUUGCCCGCAACUGCGAGUAGAAUCCCUCAAGAUGGCCCUCUCCUUUGUCCAAAGAACAUUCAAUGUUGAUGUUUAUGAAGAAAUUCACCGGAAGUUGACUGAAGCCACCAGAGAGUUACAAAACACACCUGAUGCUGUCCCAGAUGGAGGAAUAGAGCCCCCUCCUCUAGACACGGCGUGGGUUGAAGCUACACGCAAAAAAGCUCUUCUUAAACUGGAAAAGCUAGACACGGAUUUAAAGAACUAUAAAGGGAACUCAAUCAAGGAAAGCAUCAGGAGAGGCCAUGAUGACUUAGGAGAUCACUACCUUGACUGCGGGGACCUCAGCAAUGCCCUCAAAUGUUAUUCGCGAGCCCGCGAUUACUGCACCAGCGCAAAGCACGUUAUCAACAUGUGCCUCAAUGUUAUCAAGGUCAGUGUUUACCUCCAGAACUGGUCCCACGUCCUGAGCUAUGUGAGCAAAGCCGAGUCCACGCCAGAAAUUGCAGAGCAAAGAGGAGAACGUGACAGCCAGACACAGGCAAUCCUCACCAAAUUGAAGUGUGCCGCAGGCUUGGCGGAACUUGCUGCCCGGAAAUACAAGCAAGCAGCAAAGUGCUUCCUGUUGGCCUCAUUUGAUCACUGUGAUUUCCCUGAGCUGCUGUCCCCUAGCAAUGUGGCCGUGUAUGGUGGCCUCUGUGCAUUAGCCACCUUUGACCGUCAGGAAUUGCAGCGUAAUGUCAUCUCCAGCAGCUCCUUCAAACUCUUCUUAGAGCUGGAGCCACAGGUGCGGGACAUCAUCUUCAAGUUCUACGAAUCCAAAUAUGCCUCAUGUCUCAAGAUGCUGGAUGAGAUGAAGGAUAAUCUGCUGCUGGAUAUGUACCUGGCACCUCACGUGAGAACACUUUACACGCAGAUUCGAAACCGCGCCCUCAUCCAGUAUUUCAGCCCCUAUGUGUCAGCAGACAUGCGGAAGAUGGCCACAGCCUUCAACACCACGGUGGCAGCUUUGGAGGACGAGCUCACUCAGCUGAUCCUAGAAGGACUGAUUAAUGCCAGAAUAGACUCUCACAGCAAAAUUUUAUACGCACGGGAUGUUGAUCAGCGUAGUACUACCUUUGAGAAGUCCUUGCUGAUGGGGAAGGAGUUUCAGCGUCGCGCCAAAGCUAUGAUCCUACGAGCAGCUGUCCUGCGUAACCAGAUCCAUGUGAAGUCUCCUCCGAGAGAAGGAAGCCAAGGUGAACUCACUCCAGCAAACAGCCAGUCCCGGAUGAGCACCAACAUGUGAAGCGCUCUGAAUCUCCAAGAGACUCUUCCUUCCCCCACACACCCAGGGCCAUGUGUAUCCAGCGUCCAAGCCACCAACUGUUCCUUGGUGCCUUUUCGGACUCUCUAGGUGUGGGAGGGGCAGGACUGUCAGGGGAGUCUGCCUUUAGAGUCUGAUAAUUCCUCUUAGAACAGAAACUUCCAUUAGAUGCAGCACGUCAAGAAUACGCAAGCAUGUGAGAGUGCCGGGGGUGUAUCUUGUCCUUCCCCCAGGGUAUUUCACAAACAGGGGCUUAUCUUAAGCUGCCAACAGAGCUUUCUGGGGUUUCCUUUCCAUAAAUGAUAUGUAGCCUGAAUCUGGAGGAACAAGUGCGUUUCCGUAGAACUUCAUUCACACCGACACGUUGUCUCAGACCCGGAGAGUCCCCCCUCGGGCAACAUCCAGCAGGAAAGCUAGCAUCAGUUCCAUUCCCUCACUCUCCAAGGCUUAUGUUUGCAUUUACCCUGGGUCGGCACCAUUUCAAUCUGUUCUUCCUUUAAAAGUGUGCGCUCUGGCUUGUUCUCACAUCCCCAGCCUGGUUUUGACUGUGGUUUUUAAUGUUCGUCACCCAAUUUUACUGCUGUAGUGUAUGGUGGCUUUCUAGCCUUUUGGGGCGCUAAUAGAGAAAAGUAAAAUGACAUUCAAGUAGUACAUCCAUCUGCGUCUAGGCAGGAACCUGCUUGCCCGGGUGUCUGCACUCCUGGCACCACUUUUUAUUUAUCCCUUACAGAAAAGGGUUGUGGGUCACAGGCCAGACUCGGGACUGUGUUCUCUUAAUGAGCCUUGUUUAAAUGUUUGAAUAUUCCACAGUGACUUCCGUUUGGGGUUCAUUCGUUGGUGUUUAUCCCAAGGUCAAAAGUUACAAAAUUGAACCUAGCCCUUGACAACUCAACUUUCUACAGACACUGUUAAUGCUGUUUAGUUUAAAUCAAAAUUCUCUCCUAUGCAUUAAAAAGCAUAAUUGUAAAGAUAA